UUUGUUUGCAAAUCUUGUUUAAAGCUAAAGGAUUUUGCUGGAAAUUUCAAUGUUUCGAGGGAGCGAAUCGUGAACGAUGACUAUAUGGGUUAAUUUAAUUCUCUCUCUGUAAAUUAGGGUUUGGUUUGUUUGUUCUUUUUCUUUUUUUUUUGGACGAUGCCGAUGGCAAUGAUGGUCAAUAAUUCGAGCUAUGGCUGCAAAUUACCAAGGGAGAUAAUUGAAGAGAUAGUGUUAAGAUUAGAUGCAAAAUCUGUGACACGGUUCAAGUGCGUCUCCAAAUCUUGGUUGUCCAGAAUAAGCGACCCAAGUUUCAUGAGUUGCCACCACAAACGACAGGUACCUCGUACACUCCUAGGCCUGCAAUUUCUUGACGAUGUUUUGGGUAUUAACGAAGAUUGUGGAAUGUUAUGCUCAUUCCGUAGCUCGGAAAACUUCCAUGAGAUUUCGUCUAAGGUAUUCCCCAUUUACAAGUUGAGGAGGGAGAAUAUGGCAAUGGCCUUUGUGGGUAGUCAUUAUGGUGUGAUUUGUUGGGUAGACAAAAUUCAUAAUUGUGUUUAUCUUUGGAACCCAACAAUCGAAAAGCAUAAGAAACUCCCUCCAUCCCCAUAUACUCCAUCUGAACCUGGUAGUUUUUCUCCACUACUUACUCUGUAUGGCUUUGGGUACGAACCAUUGACCAAUGAUUUCAAAGUGGUGGCUGCGUGUGGAGGUAAAGAUACAGAAACACGCAAGUGUAGUAACUUCUUUCAAACAUGUGAGCAAGUUUCACUGUAUAGUUUGAACAGCAAUUCAUGGAAAACUAUGGUCAUGCCUGACCUGUUUUCUUCAGAUCAAGAUUAUGAUUCUACCAUGCUGCGUAUCUUUCCGAUCAAUGGUACGGCUUCCGUUGUUGUUAGCGGCUCUAUUCAUUGGCCAAUCACUAUUGUACGUCCACAACUUAGACAAGAAAAUUUGGUUAAGGUGUAUUCUGAUGGGGUAGUUGCUUUUGAUCUAAGUAGCGAGCAAUUUAAGCUCAUUAAUCCCCCUUCGUCUUUAAACAAUGAAGUCUUUUACGUUAGAAGUAUUUAUAACUUGUGUGGCUGCCUAUCUCUGCUCACUUCACCAUCAUAUUUGUUAUCAUGUAUUGAGAUAUGGGUCAUGAAGAAAUAUGGUGUCUCAAAUUCUUGGACCAAACAUAUUUCUUUGGACUUGGUUGACCGAUCUUUGCCAUCCUCUCCUAGAAAUACAUUCCAGCCAUUAGGUGUAUUACAUAAUGGUAACCUCUUACUCGAAUCAAGAUAUCGUGGUACUCUGGCCUUUUAUGAUCCCAGGAGUGAUAGUGGAAGGCUCCAAAAUGUAUGUCCAUGGGAGCAGGUUUUCUACUUUGCUACUUAUGCUGAGAGUAUCUUCCUAAGUUAAACAAAUGAGGCACAAGUUUUUGUCUUUACUUCUUCAAAGUAUGGUUCUUGGCUGAUUGAUUCGAUCUCUUCCUCUUAAUUUUAGUAGUGUUAUUUUGGUGUUCUGGUACUUUGUAUUUUUGGAAUAUUUAUUAGUUUAUUCGGGUUUCCAUUUAGAAUUUUAUUACUGGUUCGUUAAAAUGAUUUCAUGCUUAUUAUU